AUGUUCGAGAGGCUGAAGGAGGAGGUGCCGGGCUAUGAGUUCAACGACCGCAUCCCUCCCUUCCACUCCAGCUACGACAACUGGCACUUUUUUGGCAAGCGCAAGCCCUCACCCACCGGCCACCGCAAGACAAGUGCCUCUUCCACCUCUGCUUCCUCCCGACCAUCGUCCAUCCGAACGCGAUCCGACUACGAUGCUGCGACUCUCGAUGGACAGGAAGAAAAGCAGGUAUGGGUCAUUGGUCGUGUGGGCAAGCAGAUUCUGCGUCUGGAGCGCGAGUUCAAGCUGUGUGAGGCCUUGUUCCAGCAGUCUUCUGAAUCUGCGCCAGAAAGGAAACACUUUGUGAGGCCACUCGACUUCUUCCGACUCCCCGCUAGACAUCCCGGCGAGCCGCCGUUAUGCUGUUCCGUCGUCGAAGCCCCGGGACGCAACUAUCUCCGGGAGCUGGUCGAGUUCGGGCCAAACUUUUAUGCCGGAGCGCCAGACAGCCCUCAGGAGCAGAGCCAUGAGCAAGUCGCACUGUUGACUUUCCUGGACUUUGGCAUAGGAGCCAGCGAGUGCUUGGAAAUCCUUCAUCAUGGCAACGAGCUGGUCCAUGGAGAGCUUCGGGCCGACGCUUUCCACUUCAACAAGGAGACUGGUGUUGUGCGCAUGAUCAGCUUCGGCUCAGGCUCGCGGAGCUUCGAACAUGGCCUGACCUCUGCCAACUGGUCCACGUUGAUGUCUCAGCGUGGUGUGGAGCAUCGAUUGCAAUUCAUUGCGCCCGAGCAAACAGGUCGUCUGCCUGCCGAGCCUGACGCAAGGACUGACGUCUACUCACUCGGCAUACUCUUGUGGACCAUGCUGACCGGUCAGGCGCCCUUCGAAGGGAAAACUCCCCUUGACAUUAUGCAAAACAUUCUUUCCAAGAGAAUACCUCCGCCUUCUUCCCUUCGAUCCGAUGUACCGGAUGCGCUUAAUAAAGUCAUACAAAAAAUGACUGCGCGCAAUAUGGACGAUCGCUACAACUCGACGUCCGGCAUCAAGUACGACUUGCAGCAAUUGAAGAAGAUUCUCAUCGAAGGCGACCAACAGGCCCUCAGCUCUUUCAAAAUCGCUACCAAGGAUGUCUCAUGCUUCUUUGUCCUUCCCAAUCAUCUCGUCGGCCGAGAAAAGCAGCGCCAAGCCAUCAUUAGCGUGAUCGAACGAGCUGCACAGCGGUCCGCGAGGGCUCCACUCAUCAGUCGAAAGGGCCUGUACAGUCUCAGCUCAAACUCCUCCAUCAUGUCUGGAGAGAUCACUCUUCCUCUGGAAGACAUAUUGAGCGACACCACAUCGUCGACCGAUCGCGAGCGCAGUCGUGAUGAUCAGCGACUCAUAUCGAUACCUGAAACGGCGCCGUAUGAACCUCAAUCCCAAUACAGCAGAAAGGUAGCACAAGACCGACUGGAACGUAAUACUGAUCGGUCUGGAAGUGUAGCUUCUACGGCCACCUCGGUCAAUGGUGAAGCUAUCGCAGACAGGGCCGAACAGGAUCUUUCGGUCGACGGUCGCGCGUCACCCAACAAUACCGACAGCUUGCACAGGACACUGUCGUCAAGUGUGCACAUGAAUAGUCUAAACAACAGCGAGCCUAGCUCUCUCCUCCGUACUGCACAAAAGCUGAAGAAGAAAGGCAGGACUGAGCUGAUCGGAGUUUGUGGCGCUGCUGGAUUUGGCAAGUCGGUGCUGAUUAGGAGCAUCCAAACGCAAGCACGAAAACAUGGCUACUUCACGAGCGCGAAGUUCGAUCAAAUCAGAACCACGCCAUUUGACCCAGUGAUCAGAGUCAUGUCUUCGCUAUUUCGACAGAUCUUCUCCGAGAACGAUGUCAACACGCCUUUUCAUGAAAACAUCCGGGCCUUUGUCAAGCCAUUUUGGGGAAUUCUGCAUGCCUACUUAGAACUACCUCUUUGGCUUCUGGCGCCGACUGUCAAUGGGAAAGUGUCGAACAAGGCCGCAGAGCAUCAAAAUGGAUCGAUUGGUGCAAUGCCGGAACGGAAGAUGUGCAACGCCGCCAGCACACAAGAGUGGCUUCGUUCUGGUGGAUCGAACAAAACCUCGCGCUUUAUGAACAUCUUUCUGGACGUCCUCCGAUUGCUAGCGGUCCAGAAAUUUGUUUGCUUCUGCCUCGAUGAUCUUCAAUUUGCAGAUCCGGAGAGCUUGGAGCUGAUACAAGUCAUCUGCAGAGCACACAUCCCGAUCGUGCUGAUUGUCACGUAUCGUGGAGAGGAUAUGCUUGCACCUGCGAUGAAGCGGCUGCUCGAACGAUCAACGACGGUCGAAGUCGGAGCUUUCACAGACGAGGACACCAUGAAAUACGUUGCCGAUACCUUGCACCGUCCCGAGGACUACUGUACGCCUCUAGUAGGCAUUGUACAGGAGAAGACACAGGGCAAUCCUUUCUUCGUUCGCGAGAUGCUGGAUUCUGCUUAUCGAAAGAAAUGCAUCUACUACUGCUGGAAAUGCAGCCAGUGGGAGUAUAGCAUUGACAAGCUGUUUGAGGAGUUUUCCAAUCCGGAUGGCAGCCGCUUCUCAACUAAUGACUUUAUCCUGCGACGCAUGAAGGAAUUACCUAUCGAUGCUCAGACAAUGCUUGCGUGGGCCGCUAUCAUCGGCAACAAUUUCAGAUUUGAGACGAUCAAAAGGGUCAUGAGCUGUGCGUGCUCACGAUUAGUGCCCCAACCGCUUAUUCCACCCGAGAGCAAGGACGCUGUUUCUGGGCUGCAGAUUGCGCUCUCGUCUUUCGUCGUAAUGCCGACCAGUGAUGAAGACCUCUUUAAAUUCAGCCACGACAGAUACAUUGCUGCAGCAGAGUCGCUAUGCGAGAGCUUCGUGCGAGAAGAGAUGCACUACGUUGUUGCCUGCUCUAUGAUGAAGCAUGAGCCCUACGACCCGAUCACACAACCAAACAACGUUCUGUUCGAACAAGCCAGACACAUAUGUAAAGGCAUUGCUUGCAUCAAACGUCGUGAGAAGAAGAAGUUCGCAUUCAGGGAUCUAUUGUAUCAAGCAGCCGAGACAGCACGAGAAUCGGGUGCACGCAGAUCUGGUCUCUUCUACUUCAAGCAUUGCCUGGAUUUGCUUCCUCCAAACCAUUGGAACGACCCCACAGGCGAUGCAAAUUAUGCAGAAGUGUUGACACUAAAGACGCGCGCGGCGGAAGCGUUCUGGUAUAACGGGCAGUACGACGAAGCAGAGCAACUCUUGAACGACGUAUCAAACAACACUCGGUCCAAAGAGGACCGAACUCCUGCUGCUAUAAUAUUGUCUCGCAUGCAUGUUCAGAGAGGAGACAGCAAUACCGCCUACAAUGGCCUCAAAAACGCCCUGGCUCAGCUCAACCUCCCCAUCACAGACAUGACCUGGGAGCAAUGCGACGAAGAGUUCCAACGCAUGAUUCCUCUGCUGCAGGCGAACCCUCCCGACUUCGAACACACCAGCAAGAGUGUUGAUCGGACAUUGAGCACACUAGGAGCUCUCUUGACCGAACUACAGUCCUCGGCAUACUGGACCGACCAUCUGCUCUUUUAUCGAUCCACAUUAGCAAUCCUAUCCUUGUAUCUCGAGCGUGGGCUCUAUGCUCAGGCUGGGCUAGGCUAUGUGAACAUCGCAGCGCUCACAAUUUGGCGAUUUCACAUGGUUCAGCUAGCCAUGGAAUUUGGGGACACCGCACUCCGGAUCUUUGACUUCUUCGACCAGGAACUAUACACAGCUGGGAGAGGACUGACUCUACACUCGCUGUUUCUUGGCCAUAUUCGCUACGAGAUGCGAGACAACUUCAAUGCUCUCAAUAGGGGCUUGGAGGCGGCAUCCGCAGCCGGCGACAAGAUUCUUCACCUUCUGAAUGUUGGUAUCAUGGCGGCUUACAAGUUGUGGUCAGCUGAGAAUCUGGCCGAGACCGAGGCUUUCAUUGCUUCAGUGAGCGAUGAAUUUCCAGAGUGGCAGGAGAAUCUCCGAGGCGGUGUGAUUGUCAUGGGCACGCGUCAGUUGGUCAGAGCACUCGCUGGCAAGACGAACUACAAGUCUGCGCAUGACGUCUUGAGCGACCCAAGCCAUAACAGCGACGACUAUAUACAAUUUGUCAAGAACGCCGCAUCCAGCCCCGAGCGGCCACUCAGUCUUUACCUGGUCUCCAAGCUGAUGGCACUCUACAGGUUCGGGCACUACAAAGAGGCAAUGGAAUUCGGACAAAGGUUGCUCCCAAUGACGGAGGGACUGCUGUCCAUGCCUCAUCGCUACGCCAAUCUAUUCUACUACGCCAUGGCCAUUCUCGCCAUUCUCAGGGAAGAGCCUGACAGGAAAGAUCGAGACGCUCUUCUCAAGAAAGUGGUUGAAUGUAGGACGGCGUGCGAAAUCGUGGGCAGUGUGAGUGCCGCCUCCAGCUACUUGACUUAUAUCAACCUUCUUGACGGAGAGCUCGCGGACGUGCAGCAACAAUACGGACAAGUCCUCAAAUUUUUCGAAGAUGCCGUUAAUCAAUGCGUCUUGACUGGCAACGGACUCGACGAAGGCUUCAGUCUCGAGCUGUACGCUGAUUGGCUUGCAAGAAGAGGUGCUGCUCGUCCUGCGAGGGGCAUACUUCUCGAUGCCAUCUCGUCAUAUCGAAGCGUCGGAGCGUUCGGCAAGGCAGAGCAUGUCAGCGAGAAGUAUGAAUUCUUGCUCUAUGGCACUCGAAGCCUUUCCACAGUGGACGCCGGGACACAAACGACCAUGGACCAAGCCAGUGGCCCUUCAUAUGCCUACAAGCUGGAAAAGAUUGCUAGUCAUCAAGCGUUACACCAUACUUCAACUGAUAGGACAGCGGAGUGGCUGGAUCCGCAGACGGCAGCAAGCGCAAAUGUUCGAGAACCUCCAGCCGCGCUUUCUUCAGCGGUCGGAUUAGAUAUGAUCGAUCUGGCCGGCAUUUUGGAGAGCUCUCAACUGCUUUCAUCAGAAUUGGACGUGGAUCGACUGCUAAAGAAGCUGACGACCAUAAUAGUCGAUUCUACAGGAGCAGAACUGGUUGGUCUUGUGGUCGAGAGCGACGACGGAACGUGGUGUGUGGCGUCAGUGGGCACGCCCGAAGGUAUUGAGGCGCCAGAGCAAGGGAUCCCAUUGGAGGAAGUGGACGACAUGGUGGCGAAACAGGUCACAAAAUACGUUCUGCGAUUCAAGGAACAGGUCUUCCUUCGUCAGGUACUGGAAGACGAGCGGUUCUCGAAUGUUCCCGAAUCCUGGCUGGAGAAAUUCCCCGAAGGCGCAUCAAUGAUCUCCAUACCAAUACUGCAUGGCGACAAUGUCUUGCUCGGCAGCUUGUAUUGUCAAGCGCCACCCAACACAUUCACAGAGCGCACCGUGACGCUGCUUAAGCUGCUCGUCAAUCAGAUUGCAAUCUCCAUUGCCAAUGCACUGCUAUUCAAGCGGUCGGAGAAAGUGCAAGCAAGCAACACAUCUAUGCUGGAAGUGCAAAAGCAGGCUCUUGCCCAGGCAAAAGAAGCUGAAAAGAAGGCCAAGGCUGCCGAAGCGAAAGCGAUGGAGAUGGUUCGGCUCAAAGACGAGGCCGCCAAAGCUAAGAGCAUGUUCCUUGCCAACGUGUCUCACGAAUUGAGAACGCCGCUGAACGGUGUGAUCGGCAUGAGCGAGAUGUUGAAGGCGACACCAUUGAAUAAGGAGCAGGAAGAACAUGCCGACAGCAUCAGGGUAUGCGCCGAUACGCUGCUUAGUGUCAUCAACGAUAUUCUGGACUUCUCUAAGCUGGAAGCUGGCAAGAUGCAGGUUUUCAGCGUGCCGCUCUCUCUCACCGAGACCAUCAGCGAAGUCGUCAGAGCACUUUCGUAUACGAAUAUCGAGCGCAACUUGAAGACGAUACAAGACCUGGACGGACUUGACAAGAAUCUCGUAGUCAUGGGUGAUCCAGUUCGGCUGCACCAGAUUCUGAUGAACCUCAUGUCAAAUGCGUACAAAUUCACAGCCAAAGGCAGCGUCACAGUCAAGGCGAAGGUAGACUGGGAAGAUGCCGACAGCAUCAAGGUGACAGUCUCCGUCACCGAUACCGGAAUCGGCAUCUCUCAGGAACAGCAGAAGAAGCUCUUCUUGCCAUUCUCGCAGGCAGAUUCCAGCACAGCUCGAAGCUAUGGUGGAACGGGUCUAGGCUUGUCAAUCUGCAAAGCCAUCCUCGAAAACGUCAUGCAUGGACAGAUUUGGCUCGAGAGUGAGCCUGGCGUUGGUACAACAGUGUCUUUCAGUCUGCCGUUCAAGAAGGUCAAAUCAUUGGAUUCGGAGAGCAACGGCACGACUCUACACGGCAGAGAAGCAGAUCCUAUGGCAAUAUUCACGCCGCCCGCGGAGGAUGACGGACCUGGAGCUCGAGCGAUCAUGAGCUUACAGGGCAUACCUCGCGAUCAGCUUAAGGUGUGCAUUGCUGAAGACAACCCAAUCAACCAGAAGAUCGCCAUCAACUUCGUGAAGAAGCUCGGCUUCAAUUGCGAAGCCUACGGCGAUGGACAGCAGGCUGUGGACGCGCUCGGCCGGGCAAGUGAAGAUGGCCAUCCUUUCCAUCUUGUCCUGAUGGACGUGCAAAUGCCUGUUCUCGAUGGCUAUAACGCGACGCGCGAGAUUCGCAAACAUUCCGACCCACGAGUACGCGACAUCCUGGUCAUCGCAAUGACGGCAUCGGCCAUUCGCGGUGAUCGCGAGAAGUGUCUCGAAGCAGGCAUGAACAACUACCUCGCCAAACCUGUGCGUGCCGACACCCUCAAGCAAAUGCUAGAAUCCUACCUCCACCAACCCGCCAAAGCGAUUCCGAAUUUGCAACAUGAAGCCAACCAACUCUCAGCACAGAGAAAGACUGAGAUCCAUCUUACUCCUGAGGAAAUGGCGAAGAAACCUCAGGCUCAAGCACAAAUGGCUGCGCAAUUGCAGGCUGUGGAGCAGCAAAUCAAGGAAUUGCAGAGUCGACCUUGA